GCGUCUUGGGGACGGGCACCGGCUUUAACCCGGGGAAGGGAGUGACCUGAUCCUUUCUCCGGUUAACCGUGGCCCACCUGACAGCACGGGACAAAACCGGGGGCUGUGUCCUAGCCCUGCGGCGCCGCUCGUCUUCCUCCUCCUGGUGGCCUUGUCCUUCUCCUCGCUCGCCGAGCCUCUGAAAUGCGAGCCCUGCAGGAGAGGGUUUGUUGUUGUUCGGGGAAUAUUUUAGUGGACAAGCCUAAUGAUCAGUCUUCAAGGUGGUCUUCAGAAAGCAACUACCCUCCCCAGUAUUUGAUUCUGAAACUUGAAAGACCUGCUAUAGUCCAAAGUAUCACCUUUGGCAAAUAUGAGAAGACUCAUGUCUGCAAUUUAAAGAAGUUUAAAGUCUUUGGUGGGAUGAAUGAAGAAAACAUGACAGACCUAUUAUCCAGUGGCUUAAAGAAUGAUUAUAACAAAGAAACAUUCUCCUUGAAGCAUAAAAUUGAUGAACAGAUGUUCCCCUGUCGAUUCAUUAAGAUAGUUCCACUGUUAUCAUGGGGGCCCAGCUUCAAUUUUAGUAUCUGGUAUGUUGAACUUAAUGGCAUUGAUGAUCCAGAUGUGGUCCAACCCUGCCUCAACUGGUACAGCAAGUACCGUGAACAGGAAGCCAUUCGUCUAUGUCUAAAGCAUUUUCGCCAGCACAACUACACUGAGGCUUUUGAAUCACUGCAGAAGAAAACCAAGAUUGCGCUAGAGCAUCCAAUGCUGACAGAUCUGCAUGACAAACUAGUGCUGAAAGGAGACUUUGAUGCUUGUGAAGAACUGAUAGAAAAAGCUGUAAAUGAUGGCUUGUUCAAUCAGUACAUCAGUCAGCAGGAAUACAAACCGCGGUGGGGUCAGAUUAUCCCCAAAAGUACCAAAGGUGAUGGAGAAGACAGCAGACCAGGAAUGAGAGGAGGCCAUCAGAUGGUCAUUGAUGUACAGACAGAAACUGUUUAUUUGUUCGGUGGCUGGGAUGGGACUCAGGAUCUGGCUGACUUCUGGGCAUACAGUGUGAAGGAAAACCAGUGGACCUGUAUAUCCAGAGAUACCGAAAAAGAGAAUGGUCCUAGUGCCAGAUCUUGUCACAAGAUGUGCAUCGAUAUUCAGCGAAGGCAAAUCUACACACUGGGCCGUUAUCUCGAUUCCUCCGUGAGGAACAGUAAAUCUCUGAAAAGUGAUUUCUACCGCUAUGACAUUGACACCAACACAUGGAUGUUGCUAAGUGAAGACACUGCAGCAGAUGGAGGUCCCAAGCUGGUGUUUGAUCAUCAGAUGUGUAUGGAUUCAGAAAAACACAUGAUCUAUACGUUUGGAGGUAGGAUUUUGACAUGUAAUGGCAGUGUAGAUGACAGCAGAGCCAGUGAACCUCAAUUUAGUGGAUUGUUUGCUUUUGACUGUCAAUGUCAGACGUGGAAACUGUUGAGAGAAGAUUCGUGUAAUGCUGGACCUGAGGACAUCCAAUCCAGGAUAGGACACUGCAUGUUAUUCCAUUCGAAAAAUCGCUGUUUAUAUGUAUUUGGUGGGCAGAGAUCGAAGACUUAUUUGAAUGAUUUCUUCAGCUAUGAUGUUGACAGCGAUCACGUGGAUAUCAUAUCAGAUGGCACCAAGAAAGAUUCAGGGAUGGUUCCUAUGACAGGUUUCACUCAGAGAGCCACCAUUGAUCCGGAACUGAACGAAAUCCAUGUGUUGUCUGGGCUCAGUAAAGACAAAGAGAAACGGGAAGAGAAUGUUAGAAACUCUUUCUGGAUUUAUGACAUUGUGAGGAACAGUUGGUCUUGUGUCUAUAAGAAUGAUCAAGCAGCAAAAGACAAUCCAAGUAAAAGCCUUCAGGAGGAGGAGCCCUGCCCGAGGUUUGCCCAUCAGCUGGUGUAUGAUGAGUUGCACAAGGUUCAUUAUUUGUUUGGAGGAAAUCCUGGCAAAUCCUGCUCUCCAAAGAUGAGGCUGGAUGACUUCUGGUCACUGAAGCUCUGUCGGCCUUCGAAGGAAUACCUGUUGAGACACUGCAAAUACCUCAUAAGAAAGCACAGGUUUGAAGAAAAGGCCCAAACUGACCCACUCAGUGCACUGAAAUACUUACAGAAUGACUUGUAUGUGACUGUGGAUCAUUCUGACCCUGAGGAGACAAAAGAGUUUCAGCUUCUUGCUUCAGCGCUGUUCAAGUCUGGUUCAGAUUUCACCACUCUGGGAUUUUCGGAUGUUGAUCAUACCUAUGCGCAAAGAACUCAGCUCUUUGAUACAUUAGUAAAUUUCUUUCCUGACAACAUGACUCCUCCUAAAGGCAACUUGGUAGACCUCAUCACACUGUGACAGAAAAAUCACUGGACAUGUGAAAGGAGAAAAAAGCAUCCAUUUUCAGUAUUUUAAUUUUUUACUGCAUUGAUUGACUGCUGUGUGCAGUAAUAUAGUGACCCCUGGGUCUUUGAAAGGGGCUUUAUACUUGUAUAAUGAAUACCUGAGGUUUUUCCCCUUGUUGAAUUAGGCUAAUAAAAUGUAACUGACAUGUAUAUAUUUUCUGAUUUUGACUUAAGAGUUAGCAAAUACAAGAAGAAAUCAAUCAUGCAGUCAUUUUUGCUUUUAGGGGAAAUGCUAAGAUAUUUCAGGCUCCUGGAAACUGAAGAUGGUUUUACUUUGUUUUUUUUUUUUAUUUUUAAAAUGCCCCUUGCUUUAUUGUAACUAAUCAUGACAUUUGCUUUGCCCUACUGGCUUUAUUCACAGCAGUUGUGUAACUUGGCAGCAGGACACUGCUGUUCGUUAAGGUAAUGUGUCUUCACUGAUUUGAGUCCUGUAAUUGUAAUGUACAGUGUGAAGGAGGAUGUCUCUCAAAUUUUCCACCCUCUUAGACUGAGAAACUGACUAACACUAGUGUGUAAUUGGAUUUGCUAUAGAGUGUGAACAUAAAUAUUUAGCUGGUGCUACUGUAAAUGCCUGGCUUCCAUUCUCUGAAGCCUUAAAGUUGGCAGUCAAGUUUGAACCUCAGAGAAACCAUUGAAAAUAGCGUGCAGGAGGUGCUGGUACAAGCAUUUCUUCAGGGAUGGUUUUAUGUCUGUGCCUCUUCUGUGCUGCUUUCAUGACACACUUUGCAAGUCCUUGUAAAGUUCUACAGAAUUGGAUCUUCCACAUCCCCCAUGCACACGCUGCACCUCUAAAGCACUUCAGUCUGGAUGCAGUUUUCCAAAGCAGAAUGUCUGCAUUUACGUACAUGUUGGCUCUGUGCAUAUAUUUGUGUGAAUGUGAAAUUUAAUGAGGAUUGUUCUCAACAGCUUGUUUUUUGUCUUUGUCCUAUGUAGCCACAGCUCGUUUAAGUGCAUCUUCAAAUUAUUCCAUGCACAAAGGCCUCUCCCUUCAUUUAAAGGAUGGAUCUAUUAAAAUAAGUUGAAUGCAUACGUCCAGAAAGAGGACUUUAUUUUCUCCCUUGCAGAAAACAUUCUUUGUAUGUAGGCCUAAGGGGUUGGAGCUGCACUGUGUCCGUAAAGUAUAAUGAAGGACACAUGCGCCUAGUGUUAGCAUAUACUUAAAUUCUGCAGUGCCAGAAAGCAUGCAGUUCAAACUGGUUGAUAAGUUAUAUAAAGACUGUAGAGAUUCAUGUCUAGAGGGCCAGCAGCCCAUAGGACAUGAAUCCUGAAUUUCCUGUGUCUGAGUAACUUCCACUGAAUUUACUGGAAGUAUUGUGUGUGCAGGGAUGAUGGAUUAGACGUUUUUAAAUGAAAAGAAAUGACAGUCAAGAAUAUUUUUUCAUAGUUCUAGUAUCCUUGUGCUUUCAUUCAGUUAGUCCCCUUCUUCCUCACAUUUUAUUUCCAGUAUGAGUACAUUGGAAAUCAUGAAGAAAAAAUGUGUAAUAUUUAUCUUAUUAAACUAUUAAACACCCAGAAAUUAACAGUACAUUAGAGGCUGGAUUUACUUUAAAAACUAAAUGAUUAGAUUUGACUUUUUUUUUCUUGAAAGGAUUAUAGAUGUUGCUUUUUUUAAGUUACCGCUAACUUACUGUUUGGCAAGUAAGUUAAUGUAGUUAACAGAUAGCAAAUCAAAAAAUCAAUGGAAUACAGUUUAGCAAAUACAAUCUGGUUAAAUGUUCCAAAGGAACAAUGUCCAAAAAGAGAAAAAAUUUCUCAAGUGACAUGAAAAAGUGCCAUGCCACAGGUUUUUUUUACUGCAUGUUGUAACCUUCUGGUUCUUUGCUAGAUAAUGGCUUUGUUAAUCUUGUUGCUUCCAAUAGCACUGUGCCAUAGCACUGAUGUUCUGUAGCUAAACUAAAUUUUUCAGUCCAAGUACUGAGGUUUACAAUGCUGUGUGCCGUUUAUCUUGGGAGUAUGAUUAUGCAUUCUGUUCACAGAAACAAACUUGCUCACAACCUCAAGCGGGUGAUUCUUGUUUUUUGGACUGGGUUGGUUUGUUUUUCCCAAAAAAUCUUUCUAAGCAGUUUACCCAAGCAUUUACUUUUCUAAUUUUCAUUUUUCUAGCUGGUGGGUUUUUUGGUUCAAUUUUAUUUAAACAAAAAUAAAGUUAAAAGGUAACAAAAAAACCCAAAGUGAAACAAUUACAUUAAAUAGCAACCCAAGAGUAGGUUUAGUGGAGGAUCUAAUAAAAACACCAAACGUAUUCAGGGUAGUAACCUCAUUGAGAAGCAUAUCUUGCAAAUCAAGCUGUGAUUAAGUGACAACAUAUUCACUUUACUGAAGUAAAGCAUGAUCUGAUGAGAGAUUUGCAAACAUAAUUGACUAGGGUGUGUGUGUGUUGUGAUUUCGCUGAAAACUACGAGGACUAAAAUUCUCAGUUUUCAUAGAAUCAUAGAAUAUCAGGGUUGGAAGGGACCUCAGGAGGUCAUCUAGUCCAACCCCCGGUUCCAAGCAGGACCAAUCCCCAAUUAAAUCAUCCCAGCCAGGGCUUUGUCAAGCCUGACCUUAAAAACUUCUAAGGAAGGAGAUUCUACCACCUCCCUAGGUAACGCAUUCCAGUGUUUCACCACCCUCCUAGUGAAGAAGUUUUUCCUAAUAUCCAACCUAAACCUCCCCCACUGCAACUUGAGACCAUUACUCCUUGUCCUGUCCUCUUCUACCACUGAGAAUGGUCUAGAACCAUCCUCUCUGGAACCACCUCUCAGGUAGUUGAAAGCAGCUAUCAAAUCCCCUCUCAUUCUUCUCUUCUGCAGACUAAACAAUCCCAGUUCCCUCAGCCUCUCCUCAUAAGUCAUGUGUUCCAGCCCCCUAAUCAUUUUUGUUGCCCUUCGCUGGACUCUCUCCAAUUUAUCCACAUCCUUCUUGUAGUGCGGGGCCCAAAACUGGACACAGUACUCCAGAUGAGGCCUCACCAAUGUCGAAUAGAGGGGGAUGAUCACGUCCCUCGAUCUGCUCGCUAUGCCCCUACUUAGUUUUAAAGUUCUCUGUUAUAUAUAGACAGACACACAACGGCAAAUGUUCAGUCAUGGGCUUAAGCCUGCUCUGUGCUAGGGGAGGUUGUGGAUGCCUGCAAGUGCAGAAAGUUAAAUUUGCUAGCUUAGUACUUCCUACACAGUGACUGACCAUCCUGUCUCUUAUCCCGAGCUAAUGGGAGUACUUGAAUAUCAAAUAUUGACACACCUUUGCUGUGUACACAGACAAGGUUUACCAAUCCCCCCACACACACACACUGCCCCCCCAUACACACACCACUCAGUGUGCACUUUAUUGCUUCUAGCUGGUGAUUAACCAGCUGCCAUUUCCACAGCUCCCAUCCUUUUUAAGAACUGCUUUAUGUACAACCUGACACAGCAAAUGUAUUGGCUGCUGUAUAUUUGUGGAGCAAUAGAGGCACCCUGUGGCAAGACAGGUUUAUCCAAAAUGAGUAUUUCCUAUGGAUUUAUUAAAGGGUAUCCACUACUUCCGUGCCCUUUUCAUGGUUAGUAAUCAUAAUUCAAUGAUUGGUGCUUUGCCAUAAUAUACACUGCAUCUCUUGUAUAGCUGAUAAAAAUAGAUAGUAUAAAAAAACUUACUGCUCAGUUUCCUGAGAAUGUACAGAAAUUCCUGUAAUAGCCUGUUAAAGUAUAAUUGUGAUAUUAGAUUUUGAGGUUGUAUUAUGCGUGGGCUUAAGUUGUGAGUGUCAUUCCAGGAACUUAUUAGCUCAAAGCAUUAUGGAAAUACAAAAGUCCAAACAGAAGAGAUCCACCUUCUUGUUUGGAAGGGUCAUUUUAGAAGACAUUUCGUGAUGUAGGCACUCACUGGAUAACAGCAUAAGUGUGAACACAUGCUUUACUUGGUACCAUCUCGGUACUUGAUCCUGCUGAUUACAAAGUGCCUCAAAACACUUUAACAGAGAGCCUGCUUCCCAUUUGCUUAAGUGAACACUUUUUUCCCUACCAACUGAAGUCUGUAAAACAAAGACUAUUUUAACACAUAGCUGGUUUAUUUGUAACAAUUUAUAAGGCAAAAAACUUUGCACCAACAAUUUGAAGAAUCAGAAGCGAUAAUUUAAAUGUCUGCUAUUCUCAGUGCUUUCUAACUAGUGGAGACUGAGACAAACUGAGCCAAUGACUACUGAUAUUGGUCUUCAGGAUGUUUGUCCUUGGGAUGGUGCUCAGUAGGUAAGUGUUUGUUCGCACAAAGGUUGUUUUAUGUUAAUGUUCCUGAGAAGCUGUGUAUAAAUCUUCCUCAGAAAACACGGCCUUUUACCUACUGCAAAUGGCCAAAACUGAAUCCAAUGUUGAAUGUAUAGUCUUAGACAUGGGUCAUGAACUUGGGGCAGUGGAAACAAUCACUGUAUCACCCCAAUUGCCAAUGGGUCAGAAGGCAGAAAUCCAUAGAUGUCCAUGUGUUUUAGGUAAACCUGUAUCUUUUGGAUUCUUUCAGAAAUGGUAUCUUCAGGUUAAAGCACCAUUGUAAUAUGUUUAAACAUAUUUGCAUGAGGCAUAUAAAUGCAAGGGACAAAAGGAAGCUUUUUUUGCUUAGUUUUUUUAAGAAAUCAAAUUGACCAACAUUCCAUUUGACUCUUAUCUGUUGUGAAAGGUCUCAAUGGCAGCAUUCCUACAGUGGUGGGACAUUAAUGUUGUCUACACCUGUCUGCAGGGUGGUAAUUAUUUAAACUAGUUACAUUUCUUAUCCAUCCUGACUCUUGCUGAGAGAGUUUCAAUGUAUAGUUGGUCAUAAUUCAAACUUUUUUUCUUGCUGAUCAUGGUGAAGGGUGGUCAUUCCUUGAAAUCAGAAGAUAUGCUUAUUCUGCCCUCUGCUCCCAUGCACAGUACCCCAUAUAUGUAGUAUUAGAUGGGAACAGUAGAAAUGUAAAUAAAUACUGAUCUGUUAGGUUGCCUAUGAUUUUGUGUGUAUAUGUAAAUUGCAGGUUAAUUUAUGAGUAAGGCCACAGGUACUGUGUAUGGAGUUGUUUUCAAAACCAUGUUGAAGCAUUUAUUUUGAAAAAACAGUGCAUGCAGACACAGUUGCAAAGGGUUUGCAAAUAGAUCUUCUAGGUAGAUCUGCCUUGAUAAUGUACUUCAGAAAAACCUCUGCACUGAUUUCUUUCUCUGAGAAUAGUUUUGACUGUGACACGGAGCUGGCACCCAAUUUAGGCAUUCUUUUCCCUGACCAUGGAGUUGCUUGAGGAAACAGUCUUUCUUGCCAGAGACAUCAGUCAUGUGAAAGCUGGUGAACAGAGUAUAAUUCAUCUUUAAGUUCGCAUAGCUCUGUUCCUAAGAAUGAAGUGCAGUAAAGAAUCCAUUAUCUCUGGAUGGGAGAUAUUGUCACAUCUCUUACGGUCGUUGCUUUUCCUUUCUUCUUCCCAGAAGCUAAAAAGAUCUGUAAUCCCGUGUGUGGAAAUGUACUUUAUAAAAUCAGUUGCUGGAGGAAACAGAUUUGGUAUAUUGAGUUUUUUUUUCACCUGUUUCUUCUAGGAACAAAAACCAGGAAGUCUUACAUUGAUCAUGAAUUAAUCCUAUAUCCAGUGUAGUAGGUUGCAUGUCUGACUUUACGUUUUUUCCUUCAGUAGUUAUUUCUCUUGAGAUGGGAAGUAUAAAAAAGUCAUAAAUUUGCUAUAGCCCACUAUCAGCUGAGUUAGAGUACCACACAGAUAAAGCAUUACAAAACAAGCACCAGUGUAAACUCCACUCAGAGGUGAUUAGACAAAGGCUAUGUACACAGUACAGCUUAAGUUAGUAUAAGUUAUGUCGCUCGAGGGUGUGAAUAAGCCACCUCCCUGCGUGACGUAAGUUACAUCAACCUAAGUGCUGGUGUGGACAGCAUCAUAUCAGUGGAUGAUCUUCUACCACCACUGGCAGGGCCUGGAGUAAUUAAAUUGACGGGAGAGCUCUCUCCCAUCAGCAAAAUUGUCAUGAAAUUACCUAGCACAGGCAUGCAGUAUAUCUGCCCCAGGCCUUAUCUCGAUGACUGGGCAAGUAGAAUUUUGCCGUGUUAAGAAAUGAUUUAUCUCUUAGUGAGUUGGGAGUAGGUGUUGGUGAAGGAAUUUAGAGCAGGUGACUUGGUGUAAGGGAAUAAACUGCUUAUGUAACCUGGGCAGAUUACAGUAAUUUAAAGGGAAACAAGUCAAAAAGUUUCUACAUAAAGAAUACCUGUUGUGUAAUGAGGAAUGUACAAUCCCUAAUAUUAAUACACUUCUGAUGGAGUUACAGUGCAAAGGUUUUUUAGUUGAAUGCCUCCCCACUGCCCGAGCAAUGUGGGAAACAGAUACCCAUUGCAUUGGUGCAGGAGCACCAGAAAGUGAAUCUAAUUGAUAUGUGGAAAGUGCAUACUCCAUGGCCACGUCCAAUUUUAUUGUUGAGGGUAGCUGAGUGCAGUGGGAGAAGUUAAGUCAGCAUAAAUGGGAAAGAGUAAAACAGGUAGUUAAACUUACUGUACUAUUCUGAGGUAGAUUUAGUAACAUAAGGGAUUUAAAAUAAAAAAUAUUUCGUUAGCGACCCUUUAUUUACAGUUUGAAACCAAAUCCCAGCUACUGUAUUGUUGCCUUGUUCUUCGCCACAAAAAAAGCCAGCUCUGUGGCCUCGGGGAAGCGCUGUGUGCUGCCACAAGGGAUACACUGUCAAAGAGAUGGAGUUUUUUCCUAUAUGGUGUUGGGACAUGGGGACUCCUGACACUGCUUUACAGCAAGUUCCUCCCAUCAGUUUGAGGCCUGGUUCUCUCCAAAGAUGACAGCUAUUCUUGACGGAGGAGAAGCAGAGGCAAGAUGUGGCUGUGGGUGUGGGGGGAGAUUGAGACAUGAUGAAGUGGGGUUGAAUUAAGCAAAGACGACUGCUCUUUCAAGGGCAUGGGGUUUAAAAUAGCGGCUAAGAGAGCCCUGGAAGAUAUAAUUGCAUCUGGACUUCAAAAGAAGUUAUAAAAAUCUUUCAAGAGGUUGCUAAGGAAUCUUGAUAACUAUGGCAUGGAAGGAGGGGAAGCUGUCACAGACCAAACGCUGGUUUAGUAGUAGAGAGAAAAGACAGGAAUAAGCAACUAAGGGCUUGUCUACGCUACUGCUCAAGUCGAUGUAAGUUCUGGCGCUCAGGGGUGUGAAAAAAUCACCUCCCUGAGCAAUGUAAGUUGCAUUGAUUUAGAGUGAUAGCCACGCAGCACUGUGUUGGUGGGAGAUGCUCUCCUGCCGAUCUAGCUUCCGCCUCUCACUGAGGGACAGUUAUGCUGAUGGGAGAGCACUCUCCUGUUGGCAUAGUGCUUCUUCACCAGACACUACAGCGAUGCAGCUGCACCAACGUAGCGUGGUAGCGUAGACUAGCCCUAACUUUUGGCUUGGGAGGAUGCUAAUGUGCAUGUAGAGUAGUUGCAACUAACUCGGAAAGUACCCGGCAGCUUAACAGAAAGUUCUGCUUGAUUCAGAGCCAAAGAGUGAAGAUGAUGGGUUGCAUUACAAAGGGGAUAGAGAAUAAGAGGAAAAUACAGUAUUGAAGCUAUAACGUAACUCAGUAAAGUGCCCUCCUUGAAAUCCUGAGUCUUGGUAAUUUUUACUAAAUAAGCACUUUUUUAACUGCGUAGUUGGCCAAGUGCAUUAUCAGUGGCUAACACUUUCCUCUGAAAACCACUGGGCGUGGUUCGUUUAUUUGUGAAUGUGAUUUUAGAAGAUACUGUGUGCAGCUUUAUACUGUCUGCAGCAUAAGGACAUCAGCUUUAAGGUAUUUAAUUAUUGCUCUUACUUGGCUAGUGCCAUUAAUUGAAUUGGAAAAUGAGGAUUCUGUAUAUACACUAAAACAGCAGUUCUCAAACUGGAUCACAACCCCCUUUGAAUAGGGUCACCAGGGCUUGCUGAAGCCCGAGCCCCACUACCCAGGGCCUAAGCCAAAGCCUGAGGGCGUCAGGACUCAGGUUGCAGGCCCCCUGCCUGGGGCUGAAGCCCUUGAGCUUCAGCUUGGCCCCCCGUCCUGGAGUGGUGAGACUUGGGCUUUGGCUCCCCCCAACCAGGAGGCAGGGUUCGGGUGGGCUCAGGCUUCGGUCCCCAUCCUGGGGUCAUGAAAUAACUUUUGUUUUCAGAAGGGGGUUGCGGUGCAAUGAAGUUGGAGAACCCCUGCACUACAAAUUCCUGGAGAAAUAGGAUUGUUUGUUUGGUAAUCGGUGUUGUCAGGUGUAGGCUCUGUUUUGCUCAUGUAAUACUAAUGACACUUGAGGAAUCAGUCAUUCGCUUCCAGGUUUCUGGCCUUUUAAAAAGAUGUCUUGCUUUGAUGGGUAAUCAUUUUGCCACUUCGUGAAUUUAAGUGUUCGGGAAACAGGGUUUCUUUUUCUCCUUUCCAAUAUCGUCUGUGCCAUCUAACCAUACUGAUGGAUGUCAGUUUGCUAAACUUUGAAAAUAAGUGGUGACACAUUGACACUGGUCUGAAACAACCAGGGAUAAUACCUUGCCCUACUCUUUCAGCAACUUCUCCAGUAUGUUAACCUAUGUGUUUUUAGUGGUGCCAUUCUUUGAUUUCUUUGAAAGGGAGAGGUUAAAAUGUUAGUCAUCCUCCGAGAGAAGGCAAAACUGCCUUUCCAUCCAUUCUUUAGUCCCUGGAGAAUUAGACCCGUUGACAAAACUAUUUUUCAUGUGUGGUGAACUAGAGAGAGGCCUCAUGCCCAAGAGGAGGGGAAGGGAAGCACAUGACUUGUUUGUUUUGGCUAUAGUUCUGACAGUGGUGUAGCUUAUGCCACAGCUGUGAAUAUUGGUGUAUUAGAUUGAUGUAAAUGUGUGGUAACACAGUAUUACAGUGAGGAGCUCUUUAAUAUUUAUUAACAUGGGCACAGUGUGUGUUUAAUCACUGUACUGUCAUGAAAGGGUCGUGCUAAAAACAUUAGGUUGCGGUAAUCGGAAUUUUUAUGCAAGAUUUUUGCUCUCUGGAAACCACCUAUGUUCUGAUGAUCCAAAAAAAAAAAAUAAUAAUUUGGGGAAACUGUGGCAUAAGAUGGCAUAAAAUGGCAUAAGAACACUGUGGCUCAGGAGUUUGGCCACAGAAUCUUUCACCUCUAGGACACUUAUUGAAAUCCAGCAGAGAAUGGUUAUGGUACCAUCUGAUGAAGUCCUCACUACCGUCUCAAGUGACCCCAAUACAAAUUACUCCAGUUAGUUCAGAUGGUCUGUGUUGGCAUCCUCAGUAGAGGAGCAAAGGAUUGAAUGGAGAUGAAGCCUGGGUUACCCAAGUAUGCCUGGGGUUACACCCCUAGGCCUCCAGAACAGGGCUAUGUCCUACCAAUAGUGAGUAGUGUGCAGGGACCUUGUAUUACUGUUGUCUAUGUUGUGCCUGAGGUUAACUUGAGGAUUUAAAUGUCCAGGAUUGCCAGUACAGCACCUUUCACAAACACUGUCAUUAAAAAAUAAAUGUAAACAUUAGCAUUGAUGCGACCUUGUUUAGUUUUAAGUCCAUUUUACUUUUGAGUCCUAAACUGUUAAUCUGGGCCAGUUUCUAUGUGCAGGUGAACUCCAAGCUCUUUCUACCUGCAGUGACCUGAGUUUGGGGUUCUGUUUCUGAAGUUAACCCCAGUGAGCACCUUCCUUCUAGGUGCUGGCAUGCCAUCACCUAUUGCAUCAGAGGAAGAGAACUUUCAACUCAGGCUUUGGCAUGUCAGUGAGAGGGAGAGCAAGAUGGGGGAACAGCCCUGCAUCUGUUUCCUUGUAACAAGCCUGCUGAGAUUCCAUUGGUUGGUUUGGAGUUUUAACUAUUUGAGGGCUGCUUGAAUUUCAUUAGCAGCAUUCAACAUCAGUGUGGCAUCGUAAUUCAUUAACUAGGUGAACGCAGGUCAGGAUAAACUGCUUUACUAUUGACCUUUUAAAGUCACAUAUGUGGAAAAUGAAAAUGUUUGUGGCUAGUUUUUUUGCAUAUUCCAAUGGACAGCAGUUGAUCAUCCAGGCCUUCUUCCCAGUUCCUUACUCUAUAGCAUGUUCUUCUCCAUUGUUGCUAUUCAUUCCUCGCCAAGGUCCAGAGCACGUCUGAUUUCCUGAUGCUGAUGUACUGAAGGGGACUCUUCUUGAAUGGAGGCUGUGGUGGAUCAUGUUCAUUCCCUUCCUUUCAUCAGGGCAUCAUUGUGACCAUUUCUGUCCAGAGCGCCUCAACAUCACUCCUAAAAUAAGGAGUUGCUACAGAUUGUGCCAGCCCUGAGCCACACUCUCCUCGAGGCCUGCUGGCCCAAGAACAAAGGACACGAAAUCGUGCAUGCUGAUCCCCCCAGCAAUAGUGUUAUGUUCUGCCACUUAUACUGCUGUACAGGAGACAGCUGGCUAUUCGCAUCCCUCCAAACAACCAACAUUCUGGUCAGGACCUAGAGGCCCCAGACUGUAAUAAACCCGCAUUCCUAGGGUGGCAUAUGAUUUUAUAUUGCAUUAGCAGUGUGCUGGCCUCUUUGCAGAAGUAUGAGGACAGAGAUCUUGUGUUGAAGUUAACAAGUUAAAUAAUGGAUUGAGGAUUAUGCUUGUGUCCUGAAGAUAUUAAUAGUCAAAACAGUUAAUUAUCAACUUCCAGGGUUUAUUCUAAAUUGCAGACUCCUCUGCCCUCCUUCCCUGUUGCAAAUAGGAAGAGAAAUAGAGUAGGGACAGGAGGGAGGGUAGGCCUCAUAAACUGCUUUAUUAACUGGGCUGUUCCAUAUGCAAAAAUUUUUGAAACCUCUCCCCUCCCUUUUCACCUCCAAUCUAAAAUUUGCACCAUUAGGAAUGAAUGUGUCCUCCCACUAUCCAGAUUCCUUAUAGAUUACCCACCUGGCCCCUUUUAAAAAUGAAAUUAGUGCAAGAGCAGCAUCUUCCAAAUGCCAGGGCUGCACUUCAGGCAGGCUUUGCUGCCUCUCUUCUCCACACGAGAGCAUUAAAUUGAUGUAUAAUGUUAGACCAUGCUUUUUCGCUCACUGUGCCCAGCUGCAAAGAGAAGCAAAUCUGUUUAGAACCUGUUAGGACAUGUCAGAUGCAAUACAGAAUAAUCAACAAACCAACCAGAAGCGGCCAUCUUGAAAGAUGAAAAGUAGGACCUAGAAAAUACAUCUGACAACUGGAAGCAAGGGAGAUCCAACUGGAAGAUGUUCUAAGGUUCCUUCUACUUAAAGCUUAACAAAAAAAAAAGUGACAGGUUUCUGAGUAACAGCCGUGUUAGUCUGUAUUCGCAAAAAGAAAAGGAGUACUUGUGGCACCUUAGAGACUAACCAAUUUAUUUGAGCAUGAGCUUUCGUGAGCUACAGCUCACUUCAUCAGAUGCAUACCGUGGAAACUGCAGCAGACUUUAUAUACACACAGAGAAUAUGAAACAAUACCUCCUCCCACCCCACUGUCCUGCUGGUAAUAGCUUAUCUAAAGUGAUCAUCAGGUGGGCCAUUUCCAGCACAAAUCCAGGUUUUCUCACCCUCCACCCCCCCCCACAAAUUCACUCUCCUGCUGGUGCUAGCCCAUCCAAAGUGACAACUCUUUACAUAAUCAAGUCGGGCUAUUUCCUGCAUAAAUCCAGGUUUUCUCACAUCCCCCCCACCCCCAUACACACACAAACUUAGGUGAACUACUUUUAACUGAAAACAGAAGAAGAGGUCUGUACUGAAAUCUCAGCUCCCACGGACACACCUACACUGUUCCAAGCUUUGUAGACACUAAAUGGCACGUUUCUCAAUGUUGAUUUAAAAAUUCAUUUUGUAUAAUUACCUAAUACAUCGCUAUCCAAGGUAUUGAACGAAUUGAUACACACUUCCUUCAAACACAGAACUGCUGCAGGGUGCUACAACUGCCUUUUCACAGAGUCUCUUGUCUUGAUCUUCGAAAUCUUUGGGAAACGACUUAGUUCUGUUCUGAGAGAAAAGUGAUUUUUAAAAAGUGUCCGUCUUCAGUUCUGAUAAACUUUUCUCAAUUUACAAGUGCAUAAAAUGACUAACUGAAGAGAUUCUGGGAUCCAAACACCAGCCAUUCUUUCUGCCUCCAAUACCUAUUUCUGCUGUCGGCUUUGCUGCUGCAUGAGACAGGAGAGUAGCCAGCUUGCUCUCCUGUAGCCGUGUUGACUCUGCUGCAGGGGUGAAGAGAAUUCAUUAAUUUGCUUUGGUUAAACUCUACGUGUAAGACUUAGUGAAGCCUGGGGAGCAGCUUUGUUGAGUGAGAAGCUGGAUUUUUUUAACCCUUUCCAUCCUGUAGCUAUGCUUGAUUCUUUCAAUUACCAGGAUAUUUUAAAAGGCAGAAUAGCAUUGAAAAUGUAAUGUCUUCAUUUUUGUCCUCAUCUGCUGCAGGUUAAUGUCUUAAGGUUGCCCCCUUGAGGUGAGAGUGAGCACCUUGCUUACCUCCCAUGUCAUUCUCUGGGCAGCUACAACCCUGUGCUCUGGUUGUAGGGCUUAAUCUUGCAAACUGUUCCUGUGAAGCUGAUACGAGUUCUGUACAUUGUUUGCAGAGUCUGACUUAAAAUCAAUGGCCUGAUGGCUGGGUUUUCAGUCUACUAACUUGGACUCUCUAGUUCACUCUGGGAUAUUGCGAGAUUUCAUUCCAGCAACUUCUGCAUAUGAUUAUCAGAUUGAUUUUACACAUGCAAACUUUUGAGGUGUGACCUGGCAUCAGGUCUUUGUAAAUGUUUUCCCUCUCACCUUAAAACACCUAGAGCAAGUUUUGUAUCUCUAGGGUCACUGGCUGCUUGGACUAAGCUGUGACAGUCUCAGUGGAUGUCAUUAAAAACUCCACACCCAACAGUUGUUGGACAGAGAUGCACCAAGCCCUAUGUAUAUAGAGAGGCUACAGUUAUUUACAGUACCUUGGACAGUGACUGCAGAGAUUUUAAUGCUGCCCACCGCAAACUUUUCCCCUUGUACCAUUUGGGCAAACGGCCAUUAUCCUCCAUCCCGCUAUCUUGAGUUAGUAGCACCUGCUUAAUUGAUGAUUUAUAGUCAUGAUAAUCUGGGAGGGGGAUUGAAUCUUACAUUGCGUGGUUCCCAUGAAUGCUAACACGACUUGUGCCUGCACAAAGAGAAUAUAUGUUGACUGUUGUCAUAGUCUUUGAAAUAGAACCCCAUUCCUUACCCUUCACCCACAUUAAGCCCCCAAAAGCUGUCCCCCAUAUGGUGCUUUGAGAUCUGAACUUCCCCUAGUCAAGAAUUUGGCACAUCUACAUUUCUGUUUAAUCUUGGACAUGGUGCCUAGCUGCAUUUCUAGGACAGUCCUAAGUACACUUGUGCCCAUUUGAGUCCUGUUAGGUGGACAUUCACUGAUCAUUUGCCUUACCUUCAACCCCUGCCGUAGGAGAUCUGGACUGUGAGUUACAGGAGAACAUUUGAAUCAACGAGGGUCCUGCAGAAAGACAAUCUGUGAGUUGCAGUGACAUUUUCAUGAGCAGGUCGAGGUCCGUACUGAAUACUCAUACAGAGCUCUUAGGACACACACCACAGUAAUAAUGAAUGCUCCGAGAUACUGACAGAAUUGACUAUCUGGAUCUGUCACCUCUUCCUGACCUAUCACCUCAGCUAUUGAGGUUUUUUUUUUUUUUUGCGGCUUGGAAUGUUAAUUUCCCUUCUCUGGCCCUUGGCCAUGUUAUGAUUCCUGGGUUGAUAAAUGUGUAAGCACUGUUCUGUGAAUAAAUGAAUGGGUGAGCUGGUGAACAAUGAAAAAUGUAGAAUUCUGCUGUAUGUAAUGUACAUAUGGAAAGAAUGUAUUUUCAUUUUUUUCUUAAUAAAAUUAUAUAUACCAACAGGA